UUGAGUAGGUUUCCUCUGGAUUCUGACCGUUGUCGAAUGUGGGUUAAAAAUGCUGGCAUAGAAGACUUAGCAUAUGUACCUAUUGAAAAGUUACACCAACUUAAGUUUGUUUGUGGUGGGCACUUCACUCCUGAAUCCUUCAAUGCCAAAGGAACUCGGCUGAAGAACUCAGCUAUUCCAACACUGGAAUUGAGCAAUCCCAUCUUGCCAGAUGAAGUUUUGACAGAGUUUCCUCUUCAUGUAAAAGACUCCAAUAAAGAAAACCUCAAGACAGUUCUUUAUGAUCAUUCAUAUUGCAUUCCAAAGAAGUCAAAUCCAGUUGAACGAGUUCCCCUUACAACUACAACUAAACAACUAAAUUCAACAUGUUUGGGAGCUGUGGAUAUACCAGAUUCUGGUAUUUCUGUGAAAACAACUUUUGAACCUCUUCCUUCUACUUCCAAUGCACCAGAACAUAUGACCUAUAAACCCAUUACUCAUGAUGAUAAAAACAUUUGCCAUCAAGAUGCACAGGCAGAAAUAUUAGUCCACAGUUAUAAAAGACCUAAGAAAAACAUUGAAAUGAAAGACACUUCAUCAACAUUUACAAUUAAAGAGAAGAUGUUUUGGCGACAGUUACAAAAUGCAAAAAAAACAAUAAGGAAUAUAGCGAAGUCAAGAGUGAAUUUAGACAAGUUAGAUUCGGAAGUGCUGACAUCGUUAGUAAAGGAUGUAGUGCAGAAUAACAAAAAAAAGUCACAAGGAAAAAUAAAUUUAUGAUAAGAUGAUUAAAAUAUUAAGUUACCUUUUUCUAAGAAAAAGUUGUAAAAUCAUUAAUGACAGCUUCGUAAAAAGUGAAAACAAUUUUGCUGACAAAAGUAAAAAAGCACAGCAACAAAGCAUUGAAAAGUAAUCUUGAGGCUGAGGUUCGAUCAGCUGAUAAGAAAAUUAAAGAUGUUUAUAAAUAAAAAUCCUAUUUUUUCUUAGAAAAAGUUGUGAAACUAAAAGUUUAAAAAAUUAUCAUUUCUGUACUUUGUUAUAAUAUUCAAUAAUUCCUCAUGCCUACAACUGCUAUGUCAUGUUCAAUACUUAUUGUAAUAUACCUAUUUUAUUUCGAAAUAAAUAAUUUACGUU